GCUGCCUUGGGCGUCGUGCUGGGGUUAGCCGCCGGGUUGAUGGUGGCGGCCCCGCGGUCCACCUUCGUCGGCAGGCUGCUACGCACCGACAACACGACGGGGGCGGCGCCAGGGGGUGGUGGCGGAACGCCAUGCGCCCCGUCCGCUGGCUCCCCGUGGCCAGCUCCGCAGCCGCUACGUCAGCAACCGCCGGUGGCUCCUCUGUCCGAUGCAGAAGAUCCACUUCACAUUAUAGGCCUCACAGAUCCGGCGGAAAACGUUCAUAACAGCCCGCGGACGCUGCUGCUGGCGGGCGUGAUGACGGCGCAGAAGUACGUGGACACGCGCGCCGUCGCCGUACUGGACACGUGGGGCCGCCAGUUGCCGGGCCGCGUCGCCUUCUUCUCGUCGUGGGCGUCGCGCCGCCCGCCCGACCGGCCUGACCUGCCGCUGGUGCGCCUGCGCGGCGUCGACGACUCGUACCCGCCGCAGAAGAAGUCCUUCCUCAUGCUGCACUACAUGUGGCGGCACUUCGGCGACCGCUUCGAGUGGUUCCUGCGCGCCGACGACGACGUCUACGUCCGCGCCGACCGCCUCGAGAAGCUGCUGCGCUCCGUCGACAGCAGGCAGCCGCGCUUCAUCGGGCAGGCGGGCCGCGGCAACGAGCAGGAGUUCGGCCUGCUGUCGCUGGAGUACGACGAGAACUUCUGCAUGGGCGGGCCGGGAGUGCUGAUGAGCCGCGAGACGCUGGCGCGCGUCGCGCCGCACAUCCAGUACUGCCUGCAGCACCUCUACACCACGCACGAGGAUGUGGAGCUGGGCCGCUGCGUGCAGCGCUUCGCCGGCAUCCCCUGCACCUGGUCCUACGAGAUGCAGACAAUUCUGUAUCACAACUCCAGUGGUAGUGCAGCUUUCACGGGUAACCUGAAGCAGAAAGAAGUUCACAGAGCAAUUACUCUGCACCCUGUGAAACACCAUGAGCAGAUGUAUAGAAUACACAAUUACAUGCAAGCACUGAAAGUUCAGGAUCUGCAACAAGAGAGCAUUAAUUUGCAUCGUGAUAUUAUGGUUACAAUGAAAUACUUAAAUGUUCCACCACAUGAAGUGGCUGAUGUAUUUAUUGCAAAGGAUACACCUCUUUUUCCAGCCAAAGAGGGAAGUCCACAUUAUUUGGGAGAUUCAGCUAUGCUAGGACUUAACCCCAGUCUUCACAAGUUUCAUCCCCGUCGAGAGCAAGACAUUCUGAAGUGGGACUUCAUAUCCCGAUCAAUUUAUUCAGAUACUAACAACAAUCCACGAAGACGCAUUGAAACUCCACUACGGGAAGGCCUGGAGGAUGUUGUACGAGAGGUGAUGGAUAUGAUAAACAUGUUCUCAAAGCAGCGAGGCAGAGUUAUAGAGUAUCGAGAGAUUCUUUAUGGCUACCACAGAGUCAAUCCCAUGUAUGGUGCAGAUUACAUUCUUGAUUUGUUGAUGGUAUACAAGAAAUAUCGUGGACGUAAAAUGACAGUACCUGUGAGAAGGCAUGUUUAUCUCCAGCAACAAUUUACAGGUCUUCAAAUUAGGGAAACAGUUGAUGGUGAGGAAGUACAAAGCCUUUUACAGGACGAAAAUGAAGCUUCUGUUGAAGAAUUACAGGGGCUUCAGAAAUCAUUUAGAGAUGCCUUUGAGAAUGGACUUCUCAAAAUUGGGGAAUCAUUUCCCUUCCUCUUUGGCUCUCGGACUUCAGAUAAAUCACAAAGUAUCAGAGACAAGAAGAUAAACUUUAUACUGCCAUUGUCUGGACGCUUCAACACUUUCAAGAGAUUUAUGUCUGUGUUUGAGGAAGUGUGUCUGAUGAAUGAAGAAGCUGUGUCACUUAUAAUAAUUCUGUUUCCUAGUGAUAAAGAGAACAGACUGAAUGAUACAGUGACUCUUGUGCAGAAACUUCAGGGAAGAUACAGUAAUGCUGAUCUUACGAUAUACCCUGUGCUUGACACCUUUGCUCGAGCUAUCGCGUUAGAAAUAGGAACUGCACAUUGCAAAGAUGAUGAUUUAAUAUUUUUCAUAGAUGUGGACAUGGUAUUUACAUCUGCAGCACUUGAAAGAAUACGAAUUAAUACAAUCCAAGGAAAACAAGCUUAUUUUCCUAUUGUGUUUAGUGAAUUUGAUCCAAGUGUCGUUUAUUCUGAAGAAGGACUGGUGUCUUCACCAAAUCAUUUUCGAAUUACUGAAGACAGUGGCUACUGGAGACAGUAUGGUUUUGGAAUAGCAAGUGUAUAUAAAAGUGAUCUAAGAAGAAUAGGGGGUUUUGAUACAUCAAUAAGAGGAUGGGGUAAAGAAGAUGUGGACCUCUUUGAUAAGUUCAUCUUAGCAGCAAAAAACAUAUCUGUAUUUCGAGCUGUAGAUCCUCACUUAAUUCAUGUUUUCCACAUAGUGGACUGUGAUCCAAAUUUAGAGGAAGCACAGCUCGAGAUGUGUAAAAAGACUAGAGCAGAUACCUAUGGUGGAGUACACCAACUUGCAAGAUAUAUUUAUUCUCAUCCAGAUAUUGUACAGUAUGCUAGAAAUAAAAGAAAACAAGAUGCACCUUCCUGACA